UCACCAAUAACCAAUUAACGAGCGCUAGGUAAACGCACCCUGAGUCUGACAUCGCGGUCCUGCAUACCCAUACCUUGCCGCUUCCAAGCUGCCCCUAUCCCGACAAACAUGAAGUCAACGCAAACUCUACUCGGCGUGCUCGCUGCAGCUCUCACUAUUGGCGCCGUCAGCGCCCGGUGUCCUCUUGUAGGAACAUAUUGUGGCGCUGGAGGAGCCACGUGCUGUCUGCAGAUGGUAUGCGUCUAUGACCGUGGGCGCAACAGAUGUCAUCACAACUGCGAGGGCAAUGCCGGUGAUUGGUGCCCGAGAGGGCAGAAGUGCUAUCUCGGUCCACAUGGAGAGCCCUUGUGUCAGGAUUGCCUCAGAAACCGUGUACCCUGUACUGUCGAUUCCGACUGCUGUGUAGGAACUUGUUCCGGAGGUCGAUGUCAGAAAUAGAGGUAGGAUGAGGUUCACCGGGAGUGCCUUUCUGCAGAGCUGGUCGUCUAUCGUCUCAGGUCCGCUUACAUCAAAAUCGAUCCUCUUAGCUGUGUGUUUUGGGGCAGCCGAUAAAGCAGGAUGUCGAGAAGGAAGCUCGUCAGCUCAAGCGUGCCUAGAAUAGCCCAUAUUUC